AAGAUAAUUUCACUAAAGUGGAACAGUCUUUAACGAACUUUUCAAACGAAAGCGCGCCUAUCGAAUGCAUUAAAGUAACGGAUUUGGUUUUUAAUAGUGAAAAUAUGAAUAGUUUGGUGAUUAAUUUUAUAUUGGCCUGUGCUUUGCUGCAUGUAGCCUGUGGCGUAUAUCCUAUGUCCCCACAAGAUCCUCAAAAUUUGGCUCAUCUAUUCUUUAGAUCUCGUUUGGCUUCUCAAGAUCCUGCUGUUUCUAUGGCCUGUUUUUCUAAUUACAUUGUCAGGUCGAAUGAAGUGAGCGAGGCCUAUGGCCGGGAUUAUAAUCAGUGUUUAUUGGAUGCUAAGGCUGGUCGUCAGGCCAUUGAAGCUGAAAUGGUUGAUAAACGUAUUGCUAUAGGCGACAGUUCUCAGGCGAUUUGCAAACGUUUGUCGACCUGUGAUGGUCUGAACUCAACGUUGGAAGUUUUUAAUUGUCAUGCUAGAAUUGGUGCCAACAACACCAAAGCCGUUUAUAGCAUUUCCGGCAACGCAUCCGAAUAUGCCAAUGUAAUGCAGGAAAAAUACCGCAUUAUUGAUUUGCGUCACGAACAGUGCUGCAAGACUUCCGAACGUAGUUAUGUCGAAGCCACUGCUGCCAACUAUCGCAGUCUGCAAGAUUGUUUAGAUGGUCGUGUUAAACCCAACCCACCGACUACCACCUCAACGACGACCACUACUACCACCACCACUACACCUCAACCAACUACUACCACUACGACAACUUUGGCACCCGUAUCAAGCACCACUGAAUUGGAAAUACCCGAUCCAACUACUUCAGAAGCACCCGAAGUAGUAGAUCCCACUUUAUUGCCUGGCACCGAGGAAUUUGCAAAACUUUUGAAAUUAUUUAAAUAGUUGGCAUUAAAAUUAAUUUUAAUUGAAUUGAGCCGGAUUCAAACUUACCAAAAUAUUGUAUAUAGAAUUUAGAAAUAAAAAUUGGCAAAAGCUUACCUGAAAUUAAAAGAAAAAAAUUUAAAUUAAUAAAUUGUUGCAAUGUUGAUAAAUAUUAAAGAUAAAAUGUCGACAAACAUGUUA